AUGUCUGAGAUGGUCAGUGUUCAUGGGUGGAUGGAGGAGGCUCUCAGCUCUCAAGAUGAAAUGAAAGAUGCAAAUCAGAGACAGUCUGCCUUCGACAUGCUGUCAGGUUUGAGUCAUGAAGAACAUGGGAGCAUUGAUGGAGAGGACGAUGAAGAAGAGGAAGAUGAUGGGGAAAAACCAAAGAAGAGGGGACCGAAGAAAAAGAAGAUGACCAAAGCUAGGGUUGAAAGGUUUCGUGUGAGGAGGGUAAAAGCCAAUGCCAGGGAGCGCACAAGAAUGCAUGGACUUAAUGAUGCCCUAGAUAACCUAAGAAGAGUCAUGCCUUGUUACUCUAAAACACAAAAGCUGUCCAAGAUUGAAACACUCAGAUUGGCCAGAAAUUAUAUAUGGGCAUUAUCUGAGGUUCUGGAAAGAGAUGAAACCACAGAGGGGAAGAGUUUUAUGGAAAUGCUCUGCAAAGGGCUAUCACAGCCCACCAGCAAUCUGGUAGCUGGAUGUUUGCAGCUUGGACCUCAGUCCUUGUUCUUGGACAAACAUGAAGAUAAGCCACAUAUGUGUGAUUCCUCACUGGGUCAUGCCUACAGUUAUCAGUCCCCAGGUCUUCCAAGUCCUCCAUAUGGUAAUAUUGAAGCUCACCAUUUGCACUUGAAAGCUCCCACGUUUAAAACUGUGGUGGACCCAUCCAUGGUAAGCCAUGCAUUAAACUGUACCACACCCCCAUAUGAAGGUGCACUCACUCCCCCUCUGAGCAUUAGUGGCAAUUUUUCCUUGAAACAAGAUAACUCCCCAGAACUGGACAAAUCCUAUGGCUUCCGAUCCCAUUAUCCCUCCCUUGGGAUUGGUUCUCACGGGCAUGUUUCCCAUUUUCAAACUGCAGUCCCAAGAUAUGAAAUUCCAAUAGACAUGGCUUAUGAACAAUAUCCACAUCAUGCCAUUUUCACUGAGUAAUUGUCCCAGAAGAAUGGGCUUUAUAAAGGACUUGACCUAGC